AUGUCGACGCGACGUGAGGGCUGGGACGACACGUCGCGCAACCUCACUGGGUUGAGCGACGCGUUGGCCAAGCUCAAGGUCAGGCUGCCUGCUCCCGGUGGCACCGACAGCGUGCGGCCCGGCAUCAGGCGUGUCUCCAACACGUCGUCAUCAUCGUCGUCGCACAGUAACACGCCGACCAUGCCGGAUGGCAAGCCGAAGAAUCUCGCCCAUAGACCAUCUCUCGCGACAUUAUCCGCCAGACCUGUCAACCCGACAGCUCACAACCGCGAGCCGGGCGACGAGAGCUUUUCUGUUGGCGACCACUCGCUGGCCUCUCUGUGCACGUCGGCGUCAGUCGGCACCUUCCUCAAGGGUGUGGUGGCGUUUGUGGACGUCAAAACGGCCGAGGGCGACGACGCCAGUGGUGUCUUUGUCAACAUGCUGAAAACGUGUGGCGCGAGGGUCCUCACCCGCCCCACCGAGUCGUGUACCCACAUCAUCUACAAGGGCGGCAAGCAGUCGACAGCGGUCUUCUACCGCAGACUGCCGGAAGACAAGCGUCCUUUUGUCGUCGGCAUCCGCUGGGUCGUGCGGAGCAAGGAAACUGGCAGACGCGCACCAGAGGACGAGCACGUCGUCAACCUGGACGAGGAGGACAUCUUCCAGAUUAGGCGCAAAUCGAUGCAGCCCAAGUCUCUCGGGGCGGAGCAGCCCUCCGGGCAUGGCUUGUCGGCGAGAAUGAGCUUGAACGUUCCCGAGCUGUCCGCGACACGGCACCGCAGCCUGCUGUAUGCGCCCAAAAUCAGCUCGCCGCUCAAGACGGGCAGAUUCUUGCCACUGGAAGAGUAGACCC